UCAACCAAACCCAAUUCUCUUCUUUCUCUCUUUUCUUCUUCCUUCUUCUCAUUUCUAACUGCAAUUUGGUUUCUUCUUCUACCAUGGUUGUAGAUCCGGUUAUGAUUCCCAAGAUGAGGCUCGAAGAACAGAUUGCUAUACAAGAAGCUGCUUCUGCUGGAUUGAAAAGCAUGGAGCAUCUCAUUCGAGUGCUUUCUUCUCAAACUUCAUCUUCUUCCUCAAAUCAACGUAACCGUUUAGAUCUUGAUUGCACAGAAAUAACUGAUUUCACUGUUUCUAAGUUCAAACAGGUUAUUAAUUUGUUGAAUCGUACCGGUCACGCUCGUUUUCGUCGUGCACCUUGUUUGCAAUCUCAACCGAGAUCUGAGAAAUUGAAUCUUCAACAGCCACAGUCAAUCACUCUUGAUUUCGCAAAACAGAUUCAAGUAGUUAAGUCUAAUCCAAGUCCAAAUCCAAAUCCAAAUCCAAAUCCGAAUUUGAUGACUAAGUCUAAACCCAACCCUAAUCCGUCUGCCGAUUUAUCUGUUUCUCAAUACUCUAAACCCAAGGAAGCAUUCAGUAUCUCAGCCACUAGUUCUUCCUUUCUUUCCACCAUUACCGGAGACGGAAGCGUUUCCGAUGGUAAAAUAGCUCCUAUCAUUUCCUCUGGAAAGCCUCCUCUUGCUUCAUCUCACCGGAAAAGGUGUCAUGAAGCAACCGUCUCCGGUGCAGCUUCCGGUAAAGUAUCAUCAUCUGGUCACUGCCAUUGCUCUAAGAGAAGGAAAUCUCGUGUGAGGAGAACAAUUCGUGUUCCGGCGAUAAGUACUAAGGUUGCUGAUAUUCCGGCAGACGAAUUUUCAUGGAGGAAAUACGGUCAGAAACCUAUUAAAGGUUCACCUUACCCACGUGGUUACUACAAGUGCAGUAGCUUUAAAGGGUGUCCGGCGAGGAAGCAUGUGGAAAGGGCGCAAGAUGAUCCCAAUAUGCUUCUUGUGACCUACGAGGGAGAGCACCGACACCUGCCAACCUUCGGAACCGGUGCCGGAUUUACAUCUCAGGCUCACUAAGCGACGGCGCCGGUUGGAAAUUUCGUGAAAGGUUUCCGUGAACCGCUGUUUGCAGUUACUAACGGAGUUAUGUUGUAACCGUAACAGUGACGGAGAAAAAAGAACGGAGAUUUCGAGGGAAAAGAAAAUCAAAAAUCAAAAAUCAAAGUCAACUUUUACUUUUGUGGACCGAAAUGAAAGAGUUGUCUAAGAGUUGAUAAGGACUUUUGUGUAAAUUCGGCAAAAGAAUUAUUAUGAAAUGAAAAAUAUACCAGUUUUAUUUUA